GAGAGAGGGCUCUCAGCAGCAUCGCCCGGUAAGACACACAACAGCUUGUCACGUUGUGGACCGCUCAUCUCUCCCGUAGGCUACACAUGAAAAUCUGGUUUGGGACACCGUCUCAGUGACAUCAGUGAGCUAUAAUUGCUGUAUCUUUAUAUCUUGGACCGGUAAUGUGAGUCAUAUCGCGUGAUUUGUCAUUUUUGACGCAAGUUUUCUCGCAUGAUGCCACCCAGCCGUGCGUGUCGUGACAGAGUAAGCAUACAGUGUGGAUCCGCAUCCAGACGCAGGCUCUGUAGCCAGUGAUGUACAGACCAUGCAGGGAGCUUAUCCAUCUACCUCCAUUAAGAUACAGAAAUAACACAUCAUGGGUGGCGCAGUGGUGGACGUGGGUGCAGUGGGAGUGAAGGCUCCAGAUGGAGGGUGGGGUUGGGCGGUGCUGGCCGGCUGUUUUGUCAUCACAGGCUUCUCUUACGCUUUCCCAAAAGCGGUCAGCGUCUUCUUCAAAGAACUGAUCAAGGAGUUUGGGGUUGGGUACAGUGACACUGCCUGGAUCUCCUCUAUACUGCUGGCCAUGCUCUAUGGCACAGGUCCUCUGUGCAGUGUGCUGGUGAACUGUUUCGGCUGUCGUCCAGUGAUGAUGGUGGGUGGCCUCUUUGCAUCUCUGGGAAUGAUCCUUGCUUCCUUCUCCACCAGUAUCAUCCACAUCUACCUCUGCACUGGGGUCAUUACAGGUCUGGGGCUAGCCCUGAACUUUCAACCCUCUUUGAUUAUGCUUAACCGCUACUUCAGUGAGAAGCGUCCUUUGGCCAAUGGACUGUCAGCAGCAGGAAGUCCUGUGGCCCUGUGCUGCCUCUCGCCACUGGGCCAGGUCCUCCAGUACCAGUAUGGAUGGAGAGGGGGCUUUCUCAUCUUGGGUGGCAUGCUACUCAACUGCUGUGUGUGUGGGGCUCUAAUGAAGCCACUAGUUCCCUCCAACAGCGUCCAGACCAAGGCCCUGGAACAGGACAAAGAAGAAGGAUCAGAGAAAAAGAAGAAGCCCAAAGCCAAACUGCUGGACUUCUCUGUCUUCAAAGACUGUGGUUUUGUCAUCUACACUGUGGCAGCAUCCAUCAUGGUGCUGGGGCUGUUUGUGCCUCCAGUGUUUGUUGUGAGCUAUGCUAAGGAGCUGGGGAAUGAGGAUACCAAAUCAGCAUUGCUGCUCACCAUCCUGGGCUUCAUUGACAUUUUUGCACGGCCCACGUGUGGAGUGAUUGCAGGACUGAAAUGGGUGCGGCCUCGUUGUGUUUACCUCUUCAGCUUUGCUAUGAUCUUCAAUGGAGCCACUGACUUGAUCUGUGCACAGGCAAAGAGCUAUGCAUCUCUUGUGGUCUUCUGCAUCUUCUUUGGCAUCUCCUAUGGCAUGGUGGGAGCGCUGCAGUUUGAGGUUCUCAUGGCAAUAGUUGGUACUGAGAAGUUCUCCAGUGCCAUUGGUCUGGUCCUGCUCAUGGAGGCCUUUGCUGUGCUGGUGGGACCACCUGGUGCAGGCCGGCUUCUGGAUGCCACCAAGAACUACAUGUAUGUCUUUCUGUUGGCAGGAAGUGAGGUGUUCCUCUCUGCUGUGGUUCUGGCUACUUGCAACUUUUUGUUUAUCACAAGGAAGUCUUCAAUGCCAGUAGACAAAUUUGAGAAUGUCACAGUGACAGAUGAUGCCAAGUCAGAGCUGUGCAGUAAAUCUGAGAUUAAUGAUAAAGAGAAGAAGGGAGAAAGCGAGGAGCAAGUGAAGGAGAGAAAGAAGAAGUUAAAGGAGGAGAGCAACAAAGGGAAAAUAGAAGAGGUCAGGCCAGUAAGUCACAGGAAGGACUGGGUACAGAGUAUAACCCUGGACUCACAGGAAGUGGAAAGGUUCUUGAAAGAGCUGCAACAAAAUGGCACCAUGGCCGCUAGUCCUGAAACAUGUCUGUGAGCAGAAAUGAAAGAUGCUGAAAGGAAUUAUACUUCCAAGCUAAACCCAUCUGUGCCACUGCCAGAGAAAAUAGUAAGAGAUACUGUAAACUAUCAGUUAUUAUGAGAGCAAUAAUCUAUCACUAGAUUUUUAAAAGCCUUGUAGUAAUAAGAGACAAUAGGAGAAUUCAAUUACAGAACUACCAUUUGUAAAGUUUUGUAGUCUCUAGGUUUUAUCACAAGUUGAGUUUUAUCUUAAUGUAGCAAAAACUAGAGGUUGGCAAUAUUAGAAAUUCUUAGUGUCAACAAAUUUUAUGAAAAGAUCAUAACUGUAGAUUAAAUGAAGUCUUAUGCAUUAUCCCUGUUAAACAAUAAAAGUAUAUCAAAAGGGAGCACAGUUAAGCUCAACCACACAUUCUUGCAACAAAGGUAGUGCUAAAUCCUUAUCAGCAUGACUACUACUGCUUGCAAACUAACCCUUCUGGGAACAUGCAAACAAUGGGAAGUGACAGUAGCUUUCUGUUCUACAUUCUCUGUUGGUUGCUAAUGAGACAAUAAACACAGAGUUACCACUGACUCCUAUUUCGCAAUGGUCUGCAAAUCCUUGUUGUGGAGCACUUUAUGCUCCAGCAGAGUAACUGGCCAGCAGCACAACUUAAUGUGUCAAAGUUCACCAAAAUAAAUAGCAGUUGAAGCAGAAAUAAAUCACUUUGCAGUUAUUAGUUGUGGUUAUUGGUUAACACAGCUUAGCGAGAAAAAGGGAGCACCUGGUUUGGUGCAAGGGAUUUCACUGCUAAUGCAAACAUGGCAGAAUUAUUGUCAUGUGAGACUGAAAUCACACAUGAGUCUAAAUCACACUCACAAAAUGAUUUAUCAGGCAGCUCACACACACACACACACACACACACACAUUGUUAGAGACAUAGAAAUGAAUAACUAUGAAGUGAGUCAGAUGAAGUUAUGAUGGGUAAACAACAUUGGUGAUUUGAACAUGAUCCAGAUUUCUAGAGCUGGAUAAACAGCAGAGGAAUUGCCAUUGUAAAAUAUGCAGGUGACCUGUGCUAACAAAAACAGGAAACAACAAACGUUUUCCACUGUUUGAAAAGAUACCACCUCAGUGAUACAGCAGCCAAUAGGCAACACUGUUAACCUCUCUGGAGUUCUCUUGUGGACUAACAAGUUAUGUUUUACUCACCAAAUCACACUGUGUUUAUCUUUCAGGUCUAGCAAACAUGUUGAAUGUGAAUAUUUUGAUACAUCUGUUAAUAUGAAAAAACACUACCCAGCUCUAAUUGCUAGUAUUUUGUAUUUGUCUCCGAAAAGCACUAAGUUCACACUGUGAUUUUAGAUUUGCACCUGAGAAAUUAUCAAGUACUGUAGUAAAGGCACAAUAUGGCCUGACAGAUAUGGCUUGCUGUUAGUGGUAGAUUAGUAGAUUGGUUUUUACUCAAACCCAUGUUGCCUAUAUGGUCUGUAUUGUCUGUACUCUACUGUACUGUA